AGCAACGUCAGGGGUCUGAGACGGAGGGCUGGCGUGACUGAGCCACCUACACGUGCUGCCUUACUCACCUCCCCUCUCCAGUACUUGGUCGAGCCUCGAGCUCUGUGAACGUCUCAACAACUCCAGAGUUACACCCGCGCCGGAGGCUGCCGUAUAUAUCUCUUGGCCUAGUGGUUCAGGACUGACAUUCAGAAAUUUUACGUCCGGACUAUAGUGAAAACAGUUUAUGUGAUACAGUGAUAAGUUGAGAGCAAAUACUAUGAACAAAGUAAUAAGGAUGAGGUAGACGUCUUCAAGAAAUCUCCAGCCAUGGAACCGCAAAAGAUUACGCCUGAAGUCAACGAGCUUCGGUGUGAUGUUUGCGGCCGAGAAUUCGACCGACGAUCACGGCUGGACGCUCACUACAAGACACACACCGGAGAAAGGCCAUUCUCAUGCCCAUUUUGCGGCAAAAGUUUCGCCUCAAAAGGGAACUGUAACACCCAUAUGCGUGUUCACACCCGAGAACGGCCGUACCAGUGUCCACACUGCGAAAAACGCUUCUCCCAGCACGGUCAACUUGUCAUACACAUACGGCGGCACACAGGCGAGAAGCCUUAUGUAUGUACACAUUGUAAUAAGGGAUUUACCUGCUCAAAAGUGCUUAAAAUACACGUGAGGACACACACAGGUGAGAAACCUUUUCAGUGUGAACAUUGUCAAAAAGGAUUUGCUGCAUACGCUAACUUAGUCGUUCAUCGACGAAUACACACAAGGGAGCGGCCGUACGCCUGCCAUUUGUGCGGCCGCGCCUUCGAACACUCUGGGAACCUAAGUCGUCACGUUCGCGUGCACCGAGUGGACAGUGGUGUUCGAUGUAUCCCAUGUGGUCAAGUGUUCUCCUGUGAUAAAGAGCUGGUCAACCAUACCGCUCAGAACCAUCCUAAUGAAUACGCCCGCGACGACGAUGUUGAUCCGGAGGGUCCUUUGCCCACUGAAGCAACAACUAUCAACCUACAAGAUCUGGAGCAGUUCCAGCCGGCAACUGGCCUUCAAUGUGUUCUGCCUCCCCCUUGUGAAUCACAGCUCACCAUUCUGACUCCCCUGGAGCCACCCGCCCCCUCUGAACAGAUCCCUACCGUGCCGCAACCAGUAGAGGCAGAGGAUGAGCCUCCGGACACUGGAGUUUGCAUAACUGUGAGUGAUUCUGAGGACUCAGGACGUGAGUCAGGUGGUAGUACAGGAUACGCUACUUCUCCUGAUCAAGCCUUUGAUCGGGGGGCACACCAGUCACCAGAAACUUGCACGAAGGUGGAAGAACCGGCAACGACGACAACAGAAUCAUCAUUACCAGUGCUGAUGUCAUCCCCUGUACCCCAGCGGGAUACAGUGCGAGAGACUCUUAGCACGCCCUUGCCUCAUGAGGCCCCUACACCGUCCCCACCCUUCCGGAUGCCACCAAAGAAACAGCAGUAUCCGGGGGGUGGUCGAUCUCCGCUGAGCGUGUUGCGGGCGGCGCUGUCGUCCCAGCGGUCUCAACCUCCUACCACUACUCUCCCAGUGGCCAGUCAAGCAAAACCUCAGCACCUACCCGUUAUUUCGUCUCCGACCAUCGCACUUCCGUCUGAGCCAAUCUUACAGCCUGAGACCAGCGGACCCAACUCCCCACAUCUGGACAUACACCAACUAUCACUGAGUCAUCAAUCUGGGUCUGGGGGUCACAUGACACCCACGGGGUUGGGUGCUGGCCCUUUCCUCCGUCCCUACUCCACCCUCCCACCAGGGACCGAGCCACAACUAGCCAACUCUCCUGAAUGCAUCAGUGCACCACCCUUGUACAUGGCAACCUCGGUUUCGCAUUCUCCUUCUCCCGUUGAUUCCAACCCUCUAGACCUAUCACAACCUCUGGGGUCCCACGGUCAUAGUCGUACAGCAACGACGGAAAGUUCACCGCUUAAUCUGUCACACAGAUUGGGGGAAAGUCCUGCUGAGUCAUAUCCUGCGAGUUACGGAGCCCCCCAUCCUCCCUCUUCCACUCACCAUCUACUGGCACCCACCUCGUUAAUGCCUCCACAUUCCCAUCACCUCCUUACGCCGGCCCUCCCAUCCCCACCCACACACCGCUCUAACAUCCUCAGAAGAAAGUCUGCAGAUGUGGGCUACUCAGAUCCUAAGAAACACAAAUCCCGUAAGGUAGCUCCACCUCCUCUGAUUCCUAUCCAUACCACAGAAAAAAAAGCCGUCAGCGUUUCAACCACGUGUCAUCCACCAAUACCACCAAUAUCAUCACCACAACCUCCACAACCAGAACCCCAGCCACAACUGGCUAGCCAACAAUCCUCACAACAAACAAUUCCUGUCUCUUCCAUACCUUCAUUUGUUCCUCAUCAACCUUGCACAACAAUGAACGUAAGCACACACACGACACUGACUCCACCGGCCUCAAUAGCUGUCACACCUGCUCAUACAAGAACGAUCACCACUCUGCCAACCCACGUCCCCAGCACCUUACCUACAUUCCCUCGGUGGUCAGUCACCUUACCCCCGCUACGUUCUAAAGUCGAGGACACUGAGAUUAUCGUAGAAGCUAAUCUGCCAAAGGAUAAGUUCAUAUCACAUUCUGGAAAGCCUGAAGUUCUUCUGGGGGGUUCCUGCAUGUCGGAAGCCUAUCUGGCGGCCCCCUCGCCCCUAGAAUGCAUUAGAGAGAAUAUCCAAAGGUCACUCCUGUCUCUGCUGCCCGAGGAGCACGAGGCUGCUGGUUUCAAGAGGAAAGUGGAGACGGCCUUAGUAGUGCUGGUUGGUGAGGCUCCCAUGAGGCAACUUGGAUAUCCUGAAAAGACCGCUGAACAGGUACUUAUUACAAUCCUGGACAUGGCCGGCAAGAGCCCCUGCGCAGACGUGAGGGUGGAUGAAACACAGCGUCUUAAAGUCAACAUGCGCAAGUUCCUUGAGUACGGCUUCCCUUCCAGAACCAAUUGGGAGGAGUUGGGCUGGAACGGCAAGUCCAUUGAAACUAUUAUGGACAAUAUCAUCUCCUGGAUAUCUCGCAGACAGUCAACAGAUCUCAAGCUCUUCGGCGGAGGGCAGCUUGGGGGCGGUGUCGGUGGGAUGGUAGGAGGAGGAGGAGGCUCAGUAGGGGAUAAUGAUGACUUUAAAGUGAAUGGCACUCCACUAAAGGCCUUAUAGUAGAGGGUUGGUAGUCGAGGGUGAUGAAGAAUCAGUCAGAGUCA